GUUUGUCUUCGAGUGGCCGACCUGAUACCCCCACCCUUGAAAAUACCAUCAUCAACUAGAAAGGAAGGCAGGUGCCUUGAACCCACUAGAGCUCGCUUCUUCCAUCACGCAUAUACAGACAGAUAGUUAGUUUUGAUUUACGAUCAUUGUUCGGUGUGCCUCGCCCUUCGAUCACUAGACUGCAAUGUUCCCACUGGAUUGCCUCAUCAACGCAGCUCGACGUCUUUGUCGGAGGAUUUAACCGAUACGCUGCUUCGGUGUGCCGAUCGCUUCCCUGCUCCGGAAAUGGUGGUGUGCUUUUCUUCGCCAGUGUGAUUCGAUUUCGAGUUCGGUUGGUCAAGCGGCAUCGGUUUUUCGCCUUGUCUGCGGGUUUGAUAGUUAGCCAUUUUGGUGGGUCACGGCGUCGAGGCGUGGAGUUUCUAGGUUGGCUUGGUUGGUACAAGGCAGUGUGCGGACCGGCAAGUUUACUUCCUUGCUGCCGUGGUCAGGGGUACUGAUGGUGAAGGAUUGAAGAGGGGCAGAUUGAGUAGGAGGCAAGAAAUGGUAUUUAGGCGGUUGCUGGAUUGUGGACCAUAUACGAGACUUCAGCAUAAUGACUUGUACGAGCACGAAGCACUAAGCUGUCUGCUACAAUCUAGGGUUGCUGGCACAUCUUUGAGGAAGGUGACCCUUCGCGGAUGUGACGAAGGGCCUCUAAAUUUAGGAAACUUGAGUUUCGGGAAGGGAGGAUCAAGCUGUGCAAAACAUUCCCUGUCUGUAUGUUCUCUGGACAGUAGAACAUCUCCGUGAAUAGGCACCAGGUGCAAAAUCGAUAGUAUGCGAGAGGGGGUGAUGCUAUAAUCUCAGGAUUACAAAACUGGACUUGCAGUGUCAUGAAGUUUCACUAAUUCAAACGUCUCGGAAAUCACAAGGGUAUAACGCCUUGUCAAGACGAUUAGUUUCACAGUAGCAGCUUAAGCCCAACGCAAAACUUUACUCUGUACAGACUCAUUCAAAAUGCCGGAUGUUUCAAAGGUAUUUCUUCAACACACGCGUGAUGUAGACGCUACUCUUUUACAGCAGAGUGUCGUAGGAUGGGCUUCCCGAUGCGUCUGCGGGGGCGUCAAAUCCGAAAUAUACGAGUGUUUGACUUGUCCCGGGAGCUCCGAAGCUGUGAAAGUAGGCUUGAAAUCUGGGUUGGAUGCAUCUACGUGGAAACUGGAAGCCAUUUCGGGGGUGCCAUCGUCUCAGUCCGGGGGUAUAGAGGAAAAGGACGGCGGAGCUACCCAUCGAGCUGCUAAAAACAGAGCCUCUACUAGAACAAUUGCCCAUGGUUCAGUUGUCAACGGAGGAGACUUAAGAAGGUCGCGUGAUUCAUCGCCAGAUCCUCCGAUCAAGCCUCAAAGAGGCAGGCCUCCAAAUGGGACAAAACCAUGGUAUCUCAACCGCUUCAAAGGGGUUCGGAAACGGAGAAAUGUCCGGGGCUUCCUGGUAGAAAUCCGUCCACCGCGGUGGAAGAAAACUAUAUGGCUAGGCACAUACAACACGGACGAGGAAGCGGCGGGGGCAUUUGACGCCGGGCUAUUCUAUACCAAAAAGAAGAUCAGGUACAACUUCCCGAUGCUCGCAAAAUCAUUCCCCCCACUACCUGAAGACCUGGCCCUCGAUCGUGAGGAGGACGCCGAGAAGAUCAAAGAGUUUGUCAAGGCACAAGCCGCUCAGGCGGCUGCCAAGAUCAAAAGCAUGAACAUCGUUUCCGAGACUACUGACAACUCAAGGUCUCCCAUCAACAUCUGCAACGAGGCAGAAAACAACUAUAAUGAUAGAGUUGUUGAAAACACCAGCCACAUUCCUUCAUGUCAGGAAUCUGCUCAGCCUGCUGAUCUCACGUCGCACGACUUCUGUGUGGACCAAUACGCACACAAUCUCCUGUGUGACCAACCUGAUUUCGAUCAGUAUGCCCUACAGGACAUGAUCCAUGACUACUUAAACUAUCAUCAGUUUACUCCGCUGGUGCCCUACGCACCCAUGCCUAGCUUUGGAGACGCUGUGACAGAUCUUAACGUCGGCGACAUGGCCGACCACGGAGUUAGCCGCAUGCUCCCCUCAAAUUUGGAUCUUGAUUCGGAGGACUACUGAGGGCGGCCGACCAUCACUUUAACACUGUAAAUACGAGAGAAAGUCCCUUACUUUACAUCAGAUGCACUUUCCAUGACACGACCAAGUUUCUCUUUCUCUCUCAACAUGUUUCCCAGUCGCAUCAGAGUAUCCUUUUCUAUGAUCUGACACUAACCCAUGAAUGCUGUAGGCACUGGUAGAAUUAUGAGGUCCUAAUGACACUGAAGAAUGAUAUCAAGAGCACUCAUUCUCUUUCGCUCUCAUUCUUCUGUAUCAUUUCCCCAUUGCCAUGAAUUGAACGGCACAAUAUCUUUCCCUGUUUCUUUCGUCCCUUGUUAUUUAGACACCAGCAUUUUCCUGUAGUCAGAAGUUGGUGACUGAUGCACAAUGAUGCGCUAUCCUUGUGCCGAGUAUGUAAUCGUUGUAAGUAGAAUGUGAGUCUAUCCGCUGCUGCUGCUACCACUUCAAGCUCCACGAUCAGUUCAAUCGUAAUCUGGGUUCUGCUAUGAUUGAUCAUAAUUGUGAUGAACUUGAUGGGAUCAUGAUCUGUUUCAA